CCUUAUGAACCAAAAAUGUGAUGAACCCUUUCCCCAAACACCACCAUCUCAAAACAAUUCACAGGAGCCGUCACCCAUUCCAUAAUACAAAACUCAACAAAAAUGGCGAAAAUCAAUGAAGAUCAAGUACUUAAAGCAGUCAACGCUCUUCUCAAAUGGAAAAAACUUCAAUCCAAUAAAACCCAAAACCCACAAUCAUAUCAAGAAGAUGAAGAAGAAACACAAUUAGUAGAUGAUAAUUUCAUUUACCUUCAAUUAACUCUCAAGAAAAUCCCACCAAAAGAACUCACUAACCCUCACAAAAUCACUCUUUGUCACCCCAUUUCAACAUUCUCCAAUAUUUGUCUCAUCAUUAAUGACAAUCCCAAAAAACCCCACAACUCAAAAUCCAAUCUUGAUGGACCCCAACACUCAAAAACCAAACUUGAUGGACCCCACAAUUCAAGAACCAAUGUUGAUGUUGAAACAGUUCAAAAAAAGAUCAAAUCUUUAGAAAUACCAAUUACUAAAGUUUUGAAGUUGUCUAAGUUGAAAGCUGAGUAUAAGUCUUUUGAAGCUAAAAGGGAUUUGUAUGAGUCAUAUGAACUGUUUUUAGCUGAUAAAACAGUGGUUAAUUUGCUUCCAGGUUUAUUAGGGAAGCAAUUUUACAAAAAGAAAAGGAAAGUACCUGUGCCUGUUGAUUUAAGAGGGAAUAGUAAUUGGAAAGAGGAGAUAGAAAGAGCGUUUUCGUCGACUUUGUUGUGUUUAGGGAGUGGGACAUGUAGUGUUUUGAAAGUUGGGAGAAAUGGGAUGGAGAGUGGUGAAGUUGUUGAGAAUGUUUUAGCUGCUAUUGAUGGAAUUGUUGAGUUUGUUCCGAAAAAAUUGGGUGGUGUUAGAGCUUUUCAUUUGAAGUUUUUGGAUUCAUUGGCAUUGCCUAUUUAUGAGGAUUUGCCUGAUCAAAGAGAAAAUAAUGAGAAGAAAAAGAAGUAAAGAAAGUGAAGAUUUUUCCAGCUAGAAGUCUGACGCAUAGGCUCGAUCACAAUCAAAUGUUAUGUUUUGUGGUAAAUUUGGAUGAAAUGUUUCCAUUUUUAUUCUUACUAGGCAGUGAAUACAACAAUGUGUUCUUUUCCAUAUUGCUGUCCUUUUAUUGUCUGAUUUGAUCUAGUGUUGUUUCAAGUGGGAAAUUCUAAUGUUAUAUUUCUUGGUAGCUUAUCAGUGUAAUUCAGUUCAAUUUAUGAUAAAAGUGAGAGUUUCAAUCA